ACCCCAGGAGCCUUGAACCCUGGACAAUGGGGGGAGAGGAAAUCACAACCGGGUAUAAUUCUAUCCCCAAAUUCACCCAGCACAAAGAGUGGUACCUCCAGGUGUCCUUCCUGGCUUAGCCAAGCCAGCAUCAUCAUGAACAACCUUCUGCCUGCCACCUCCUGCAGCUCUAGGGGUCAGCGGGGCUGGCAUGGGAAGGAGGCAACCCAUGGUACUCGCUUUGGCAGCACACACUAAAAUGAGGCAACCCAUGGAGAUAUAAUUGGGAUUCCCCCCUCUCUGGUCUCCCUCCCUUUCCCGGCGUCCACCUCUCUGGGCAGCUGCUGGGGCAGCGGGUUGGGGACAAUGGGGCAGAGCCCAGGGCUGGAUCUUUGCCCCUUGCUGCCACUUGGAUCAGCCAGCUGAGAUCCUGGCUAUCAGGGACUCAGAGGGGGAAGUGAGGGGAGAGAGGGGAGCAGAGCUCCGUGCGCCUCGGUGCGCCCCCGUCCCCGGGAGACCCCACCCCCGCGGCCCUAAUCCGCUGUCAGCGAUGCCCAGGCGGAGCUUGGCGUGGAAGGAGGCACGUGGGGGAGGCGGGAGUGCGGAGCGGGCACGUGGUGCAGCCUCCUCAGCCCCGUGCAUGCCCCCCGCCCCCCGUGAGGAGGGGUUUGGGGAGGCGGGGGCUGGAGGCUGGAGCGCGGGGCCCCGCCGGGCCGGCGGCAGGAGCUGUCCGCGAGCCCUAGUGCUGAAGUCGGUGCGGACGUGCCCGGCUCCCGGCGCCCGUGCCAGGGCCAGCGGGGACCAUGGCGUUCAUGGUGAAGACUAUGGUGGGCGGCCAGCUGAAGAACCUCACCGGGAGCCUGGGGGGCGGCGAGGACAAGGGGGACGGGGACAAAUCGGCCGCCGAAGCGCAGGGCAUGAGCCGAGAAGAGUAUGAGGAGUAUCAGAAGCAACUGGUGGAAGAGAAGAUGGAGCGGGACGCGCAGUUCACGCAGAGGAAGGCUGAGCGGGCCACGCUGCGGAGCCACUUCCGAGAUAAAUAUCGGCUGCCCAAGAAUGAGACAGAUGAGAGCCAGAUUCAGAUGGCAGGUGGAGACGUGGAGCUGCCGCGGGAGCUGGCCAAGAUGAUUGAGGAGGACACAGAGGAGGAGGAGGAGAGGGCCUCCGUCCUUGGGCAGUUGGCCAGUCUCCCUGGCUUGGACAUCAGCUCACUCAAGGACAAGGCCCAGACCACAUUGGGAGACCUCAAGCAAUCAGCUGAGAAGUGCCACGUCAUGUGACUACUUCCCUGGAGGUUGCCCAUUGGGGUGACCACAGGGCUGGGCCCACAUGAGGGCUGAGAACAUGUUUCAAUGUCCAGGGACCCAUACCCCAUCUCAGUUUUAUUUCCCCCUGUCCCCUGCUAGCUUGGGACCCUUCUCUUCCAUGGCCCAAGCCUGCCUUCUGGUCUAUCCCUUCCACUGGGGCCAAAGUCCCCAUUCCUCACCCUUUCCCUCAGGAACCAAUCUCUCUACUCAGCCUGGAGAGGCCUCCUAAGAUUGUAGGAAUAGGCCCCUUUCCCUCUGCCCAUGGCCCCAAGUUGGUGCACACAGGAACACCCAUCGAGAGACACAGACAUGGAAACCAUAGCAUGUGCAGAAGCAUGCGCCACAGAUGAAUCCUGGCACACACAGACACACGCACACAGGCCAGCCCCUCUAGACACCAACACUCAGAUAUGCUUAGAGAGGUCCUUAGGCAGACACCCGCAGUAGACAAGAGGCCCAGAUCUGAGGCUCCACAUUCACUCUCCUUGAAAGCCUCUGCUCUUUCUGGGUUUCACUGCAUCAUCUCUAAAAAAUGGGAAUGGACUAGCUAAUUUCUAAGACUCUGGCUUGGCCUCUGGGCCCUUGGAGCCAACCCCCCACUCCUCCUUGGGCACGACAACAGCUGCAGCCGUAGCCGCCAGCGGCUGCCAUUGUGCCGUGGGCUCUGGCUCGCGGGAGCUGAGCAGUGCUGUGUGAGGGGCCGAGUGCCAAGGAUGAAGCUGGCACUGAAGUGGCUCCAGGCCUUCUCUGGACCCAGGCCCAGGCAAUUUCUGUUCUGUUCCCGUAGAACUCUCUCUGGAUUCCAUAGCUGGAUCUCCUCUGUGAGCUUCGUGAAAAAUAAAAAUUUGAAAUGAUG